UGACUUAUUAAGCAUAUUAUAAGCAUAUAUAAAGCUUCCCCUUUGCUCUACACUUCUAUUUGGCCAUUCAUUUCACCAUCAUAUUCAAAUCUUUCCCAUCCCAUCCAGGUAUUGCAUUUUCUACUCUGGCCUCAAAUUCAUCCAACUAGCUACUCUUGUUUCAAUCAUCCAUGCAUGAUGAAACACCUACAGAUGCUAGAUGUUUUCCGUUUAAUUUUCAAUGGAAAAUGAAAGAGACAAAAUAGAUGAAUGGGAAUUGAUGGUCGUUAAAAUGUUGCGCGCGCCUCAACACACCAAGCGUAUAACGACCAAUAUUCGAACACUCUGGACUGUGGUUCUCCUCAUUCACCGCGAAAACCGCCUCUCGUUCAUCUCUGUAUAGAACUCUCUGAGAAAAAAGGUUCAGAAAUUCCGUUCUACAUUCGUACUUCUCAUCAAAGAUGUCGUUCUCCGAUUCAGAGACAUCUUCUCACAGCUGCGCCGAGUACAAGAACUUCCGGCAGGUCACCCGUGAAAGGCUGUUGUAUGAAAUGCUCCGCUCCUCCAAAACGGAUGAUCCCAGAUCCGCGUGGAGGGUACUCAUCAUGGACAAAGUCACAUUGAAAGUGAUGUCUUGCUCAUGUAAAAUGGCAGAUAUCACAGACGAAGGAAUUUCCUUGGUGGAAGAUCUUUUCAGAAGAAGAGAACCUUUACCCAGUAUGGAUGUCAUUUAUUUCAUUCAACCAACUAAGGAGAAUGUGAUAAUGUUCCUAUCUGAUAUGUCUGGAAGAGAACCUUUAUACAGAAAAGCUUACGUAUACUUCAGUUCGCCCAUACCAAAGGAACUGAUUUCUCGUAUCAAGAAUGAUACAAGUGUAUUACCACGUAUAGGCGCACUAAGAGAGAUGAAUUUGGAGUACUUCCCAAUGGACAGUCAGGGUUUUCUCACUGACCAGGAUAGAGCAUUAGAGGAACUCUUUGGUGAAAAUGCUGAAAAUUCCCAUAGCUUUAAUACAUGCUUGAGCACAAUGGCCUCCAGAAUUGCCACUGUUUUUGCUUCUUUAAAGGAAUUUCCUGUUGUGCACUACCGAGCUCCCAAGGGAGAUGCGUCUACAAGGAGAAACCACGAAUUAAUUCCCACAAAGCUUGCUGCUGCUAUUUGGGACUGCAUUUCUACAUACAAAACCACUAUCCCUAAUUAUCCCCAAAAAGAGACAUGUGAUUUACUGAUUGUAGACAGAUCAAUUGAUCAGAUUGCUCCUGUCAUCCAUGAGUGGACCUACGAUGCAAUGUGCCAUGACCUUCUUGAAAUGAAUGGUAACAAAUAUGUACAUGAGAUCCCUAGCAAGUCGGGUGGUGAGCCUGAAACAAAAGAAGUUCUUUUGGAAGAUCAUGAUCCUGUCUGGCUUGAACUUCGGCAUGCGCAUAUAGCAGAAGCUAGUGAAAAGUUACACGAUAAGAUGACGAACUUUGUGUCAAAGAACAAAGCAGCACAACUACAACAAAGAUGGUAGUGAACUAUCGACUCGGGAUAUACAGAAAAUGGUUCAAGCAUUGCCUCAAUACAAUGAACAAAUGGAGAAACUGUCUCUCCAUGUCACG